AUGCUGUCGGUACGGUCCGCGGUUGGGCCUAGGUCCAUGUGCCUGUACUGCCAGACCACACGCGCGAGUCGGCAGCCCAUCAGCGAGUUGGCGCUGCAGCCAUGGAGACAGCUCUCCAGGGCAGCUUCGACAGCCCAUGCUCGACGGAAGCCCUCGCGGAUGAGGCUGUCACCGAACGUAUCGAAGUCGGUGCUACCAGACGAGAAGUCCAAGAGGUCUGGCCGGUUUGAAAACAGCCCGUUUGGCGCCAUGAACCGGACCAGCGUUCGCCUACGGGAUACCGCACGCCCCAGAUCAGACGCCGAGCUGAGACGAGCAGCCAAACCGAAGUUCAGAGAAGGCCAGGACACGGAGAAGAGCGAAGAGUCGUGGAUGAAGCCUCUGAAGAUGCAGAUCGCCCUCUCUCCCGUGCCGUACAAUCGACGUAUGGCCAUCAAGGAGAAGAUUGCCGACAUUACUUCAUUCGACCAGUUCCCACUUCUCGAUGUUGUGCGCGAGGCCGUGUAUAAGAAUGCACUGGUGGGAAUGGAGGAUGUCACUCCUACACCCAUACAGCGCGUCGCUAUACCGACACUGUUGGGCAACAAUAACAAAAUCCCCGACCCCGCAGCCCAAACGGACGACCUUACGCCCAAGUAUGACCAAUUCCUGCUUGCGGCGGAAACUGGCUCGGGCAAGACUCUGGCCUAUCUUGUCCCUGUCCUGGACGCUCUCAAACAUGCAGAGGCCUUCCAGAAGGAACAAGACAAGAUCGAGGCAGACGAGAAGGCGAAGAGGGAGCAAGAGGAGAAAGAACGGCGAGAAAAGAACAACAUAUUUGAGUUGGAGUCCCCUGAACUUACAACACCAGAUACAUACCAGGAUGUUGCGAAACCUCGAGUUAUUAUUCUGGUCCCUACAUCUGAAUUGGUCAAUCAGGUCGGCCACUUAGUCAAGCAGCUCUCCCACACCAUCAAAUUCCGUUCCGCUCUUAUCAGUUCUUCGCAGACCCCGCGUAGGAUUCGGAAUAGCUUGUUCAACCCCGCUGGCUUAGACGUACUUAUCAGUACACCGCACCUGGUUAGCUCAAUUGCGGAGUCCAAUCCAUACAUUUUAAGUCGUGUAACUCAUAUCGUCGCGGACGAGGCGGACUCCCUGUUUGACCGGUCGUUCUCGCCAAUCACUAACUCCAUCAUCGAAAAAGCGGCGUCAACUCUGAAGCAGCUCAUCCUCUGCUCCGCUACCAUUCCUCGACACCUAGAUAACCGCCUUCGUGAACUAUACCCUAAUAUUCGAAGACUGGUUACUCCAAAUCUUCACGCCAUUCCUCGAAGAGUUCAACUUGGCGUCGUCGAUGUUGACAAAGAACCCUACCAUGGCAAAAAGUCCCUUGCAUGCGCCGACGUUAUAUGGUCUCUAGGCAAGGCUGGGAGCGGUGACGACGGAGAUGCCUUUGCUCGCAUCACCGGCACUCCAGAGACAAAACAUAUUAUUGUUUUUGUCAACGAACGCGAAUCAGCUGAAGAGGUAGCCAGUUUCCUUGCCUCAAAGGGAAUCGAUGCCGUUGCAUUAACCCGUGACACCUCCGAGAAACGGCAAACCGAGAUCCUCAAUGAAUUUACCCAGGCAAAGCCACAGCUUUCUGAAGAGGACAAGAAACUACUUAUGAAAAGCAAGAAGCUUGAUUCAGGCUCAAUCCCAUUCCUGCGAGACGAUGAACCUAAAAAGGCCAGCACCGCCAAGUCACUGGACAACACCAAAGUUCUUGUCAUCACUGACCUAGGAUCCAGAGGAAUCGAUACUGUAGCUGUUCGAAACGUCAUCUUGUACGAUGUCCCUCACUCGACUAUCGACUUCAUUCAUCGUCUCGGUCGCUUAGGCCGUAUGGGCAGAAGAGGCCGAGGUAUCGUCCUUGUCGGUAAGAAAGACCGAAAGGAUGUUGUUAAGGGUGUCCGUGAAGCGAUGUUUAGAGGACAAGCACUGAUUUAA